AACAAGCGGAACCAUAAUGACUCUUCUCGCUAUAGCUGCACCGAAUAUGGGAACGGCUGCACGGCUGUUCUUUUCGUUUUAUUCUACUGUUUCUGGUCCAUUCGCUGGACUGCUUUUUCUGGCACUCUCAUCGCCGUGGGUGAACGCAAAGGGUGCUGCUUGGAGCACACUGUUGGUAUGCCUCCUGCAGCUGUGGCACGCAAUAGGACGAAGCAUUUCACCCAUUGCACCUGAUCGUGUCUUCUCUGGAACCUUGGAUCGAUGCCCAAACGAAACUUCAGGUACCACGAGCGUACUUCAACUCCAGCUGGACAGCGGAUUCGUGUUCCCUCUUUACGAAGUGUCGUUUCAUUGGAUGUCUUUUGUGGGAGCUCUUCUAACUUUAUUUUUUGGAACCGUCUUGAGUAUUACAACAG